AUGUCUACCGCGGCGCACCAGCAAGCCGCGAUACGUCGUUUGGAGGCCCUGUUCAGGGACGUGAAGCUGGAACAGCAGCAGAACAACCCGGAGAUAGUUAAAGUGGAGAUCGACUCGAGCUGCUGCGACAUUCACGGCAAACACGCGAAGGAGAAUCACUUGAAUCGCAGAGGCUCGAUCGGGACCGCGUAUCAGUACAGGAGAGACUCACUCGGUUAUCCAGGAACCUCGCCGAGCAGAAGAGGCUCCCUCGGUCUACCGAUGUCGCCGCCGAAGAAGGAGCUUCAUCCCUCGAGCUUUCCAAACACGUUGAGGAAAAACCCUCUGGGCUCGUCGAUGAGCGCCAUCAAUCACGCGAAGAGGGAUCCUCACGCGUCCAAUUCAGCGUUGAGACGCGAUCCGAUCGGUCGAUCGAUGGGCUGCUUGAAGAGAGACGCCGUGUCGAGCUACAACUCUCCGCCGAGGCGAGAUUACGUAGCAAAAUCGAUGACGAACCUUCAGAGGCCGAUCUCGCGACAACGAGAUGGUAACAGUCUGUCCAGCCUUUUCGCCGCUUCGCCGAUAUCGGAGAAUUCCUUGAAGUCCAACGUGAAUUCAUCGAGCAACGACUUGAAGAACGGCUCGAAGACGAGGAGCACGUCGAACCUGAAGAGCUGCUUGGCCGGGUCCAGUGGAAAUUUAAGAAGCAACUUGAACGUGACGCUUAGUACCGAUCUCUCGAUGGGUUCCAACGGGAAUCUGAAGAAAGACAGCAAACUGGUGGCGCCGCUUUCUAGUCGAAGGGGCUCUUACGACAGGAGGAGACUCUCCACUGAUUCUUUGGAUAAUACGAAGAGAAACUCGUGGGAUCCGGGUCGCAGGGGUUCUUCCGGAUCGUCCGGAGGCUGGGACGACCCUAUUUGGGAGGAGGGUAGCUUCGAUGGCGUCGAUCAGGUAAAAAUUAUUAAAAUUUCUUGAACUCUCUGAGAUUUUUGAAGUCUCAGAACUUUUUUGUAGUAAAAAAAGUCGCAAGUUGUACAGAAAUUUGAUUUCGAUACAAAGAUAGAACAAACUUGCACUUAUAUAUUUCGUUACACAAGGUGAUCAAAGCUAAGAAAUAGAUCAGUAACAUGUAUUUUAUAAGUCUCUGAUUAAAAAAAUUGAAUGUGAAUGUAUUUGAAUUUUUUUCUCGUACUCUAGUUAAGAAGCUUUAUAUGUAUAUUUUUUUUCCAUCCAACGUUAUUUUGCAAUACUUUUGGUAUUUUUGAAUAUAUAAAAAUAUUGAAAAACCGAUUUAUAUUAGAAACAAAUUUACUCGAUAAUAUUGAAUUAUCAUGUAACAAGAGUGUGAUAACGAGUGUGUUAACACGAGGGAAAUCUGGCUUCGAAAUAACUAAUUAGAAGGACAAAAGGUAGAAAGUUUAUUUGGAUAUUAUUUUCCCAAACCAUUGUGUGCCUGUCAAAAAUUCCGUCAGAUAUUUUAACAACGGUUCAGAAAGCUGAAUGACGUCGAUUCAUUGUAUCUGAUGCUUUCCCGCAAGGGACAAGAGAAACCAUCUCUCGAAGCGCGGUGAAACGUACCGGAGCUUGAUUGUCGUUGCACGCGCGGACAGAAUUUAUCGUUCCUUGUUAGAAGGUGCAUUCAGUUAACCGUGGGAAUGCUAUUCUCGAAUCUAGGCAUUCGCGAUCCGAUCCGAGAUUUAUCGCGACGAAAAUUUCAGCCGAAUGAUAUUAAAUUUGUGAAUGGGAUUGCGUUGUAUUUCUUUAUUUAUAAGAGUGCAACUGAUAGUAAACAAAAUAAUAAGUUAGAAGAACUU